UUAAAUGAAUAUAUUUAGGUGCCUCAUCCCUUCAUGACAAUGUUAAAUAGCUGAGAGAAAUUUCUUUUUGACUCAAAAAUGUCAAAGAAGGAGGAAGAUUAUCUAGCUCCUCUACCACCUCGCCCAGCAUCCAAAGAGGGGCAAAUAGAUGUUAGCACUACCCCUGCUUUUAAAUCCCUCAAUGAACUGUUAGAGGCUGGUCAAGUUGGAUCUGAGAGAAUUGCUCAACUGAAGUCUAAGUAUUCACAACUCUACGAGCAUGUCAAAGGUGCCAAGGAGAAAGAAACUGGGUUAUUGCAACAAGCCAAAAGGUUGAAUGACCAGUUAAGUCAGCAGAAGUACCUGCUGGAGAACACCACUGAGGACCUCUCAAGUGGAGAUCUCACCGAGGUAGGACAACUGAGGCAGACUCUGCUUAAGCACACAAACAAACUUCUCGAGAGUGAACACAGGACUGUGUCCUUGCAGUUUGAGAUCGAGAGACUUCAGGAGGAGCUAUCCGACAAAAAGAUCGAGGUGGAGAAAUGUCCAAAACCAGGUUUAGUCGAGGCACAAAGAAAGGAGUUAUCGAAAGCAGUAGAAGAUCUAAAGGUCGAAAAUGCACAGCGAACACACGAGAUUAGAAGAUUGACUGAGGAACUGGGAGACAAAAGCAAGCAGACUGGUUUAGAAAUCAAAGAUGUAGAAGGCAGUGGGGAAGAACAAGCAAAAUUGAAAGUUGAAUUAGUUCGCUGUAGAUCUGCUCCUGGACACAUUUCAAAACAAGUUGAAAGUAUCAACAAGCAACUCGGUGACCUUCAAAAGAAAAGAGAGGGACUCGAGGAGCUUGGAAAUGAGCUGGCAAGCGACACGACCAAACUAAGUAACAAACACAAUGACCUGGUGAAGGAGCAGUUAGCGCUGGUGCACAGUGUGGAGGUGGCACAGCACCAAAGGGAGACUUUCGAGCGGGAGUAUGAUAACGGCGUGAAAGAUCUGGCUCUCGUCAAGGAAAGAGAGUCUGCUCUCAUUGGUGACAAAGCAACAUUUGAUCUGCAACUCAAACAUGCACAAUCGGAAUACAAAACACAGUACGAGCUACAAGCACGCCGUGCUCGUGACAAGGACAAGGAACUCCGUACUCUGCAGAUAGCGGAGAAACAUCUGAAGAUUGGAGAAGAUCAGAUGAACCUGGAGAAGCAAAGACACGAGAACUACAAGGACGAACUAGACUCCUUCAACAGGGAAAGCGACAAACUACAAGACAAACGAAAAGAACUAAACCACGAGGUUGACAACCUGAAGAGAACCCUGGUUAAACAGCUUAACCUCACUACCGCCGAGAGGAAGAGAAUUGAGUCGAGUCUGAGUGAUGAGCGGCAGCUGGUCCUGGACUUAGUGGAGUUCAGAGCAGCACUCCAGGAGAUCACUAGGAUUACCAGUUUGAAGACUAUUGAGAGAGAUAACAAGGCUAGGGAGUAUCUCAAGGCAGAGAUGAGAUUCCAUAAAGCCCGAGAAGAUAUGAAGGCUAAACAGCACGCCAUUGAGGACGCAGCUAAGAAAACUGCUGAAAUGCAAACAAGGUUACGAGAGUUUGCUAAAAUGUACAAUGUAAUUAAGAACGAGCGUAACAAGUGUGUGAACCUGAUCCAGACGUCAACACAACGUGCGGGGGAGAUGCGGGAGAAGAUCAAGAUUCUGCACAAUGAGAUCGAGAUAUUACAGCAGUCAGCCAACAACAAAGAAAGGAAAGUAAAGCAAGAGAAACGAAAGUACGCCAGUAUAGUAGUGUUGAGAGACAAUUUACAACUAGAGCUCGGUAAACAGAGGUAUCUGAAAGAGAGGAUGAGGGAGCAGGAGGAACGCAAGAGAUUGAACAUUGAUAGACUGAACCAGAUUAUCAACAUGGCUGAGGAUGAAAUGGUCAAGUUACGGAAGAGAUACGAAGCGGCAGUUCAAGAAAGAAACGACAGGGGAAUUCAUCUGAUCGAACGGAACGAAGAAGUGUGCAUUUUUUACGAAAAAGUCAACAUUCAUGAUCAGCUGUUAAGGGAAGGUGCAGUAAGCAUGCAGAACCAGGAUGAGAAUAUAAGGGUACUGGAGCUGGAGACCAGAGAGAUCCAGAGGCAGAUAGAUCUGUUGAGAAAACAGGUUCCAGACAAGGCUAACAUUGAGAGCUCUCUUGUUGACUCCCAGAUCGAGCUUGCCACGACACAAGAACACUUGUACGAUCUGGAGAAGAAGCUAGAAACCCCCGAGAACAAGGGCCGAGUGAGGCUGCUCAAAGGACAAGAUCCUGAUCCAGAUAAACUGGAGGAGGAUUGUGAGAAGCUGGAGGAGAGACUAGCCGAACAGGAACAGAAACUUCUGGAAAAGGAACUCAUUUUAGAGGAAGAGACUCGACUCACUGAUAGAGUCACAAAGAAGGUUGAUUUGGGUCAGCAGGAUACGUUACAACUAGCAAAGCAAGUUAAUGAGUAUCAACGUAAACUUCAAGACACUACCCGCAAAAUGAUGGCCGUUGUUUCAGAACUCAGCAUGAAUCAAGCCGAAACCAUGAAGUUGCAGCAACAUGCUACUGAUAGGAGAUCCGAGGUUGAGGACGCUUAUCGUAAGUUGGAUAUGGGUCUACCACCAACUGAGGACGCCGAGAUGGAGUGGCAACGAAUGUUGAGGGAUGAUGAGAUGAAAUCUGCCAGGAUACUUCAGAAGCAGCAGGCUGAAGAGGAAGCAGAACAAUACACUGUACCGGGUGGAAUCACCACUACAGCAGAACCGCGACCCAACGCUUACAUUCCUGACGAUCUCACGGAGCUGCCCGUUCCUCGACCAUACGGUGCUUUGGCUCCCUUUAAACCCACAGAACCUGGAGCUUGCAUGCGGCACAUCAGAAAACCGAUCGUUAAACCGAUCGAAAUCUAGAACUGAUACAGAGUAUUUGUUUUAUUUGUUUGUAGAAUCAGAUAUUCCAG